GCCCGCCGGGCCGAGCGGCGCGCAUAAAACUGGGCGGCGGCCAGGACCUUCAACAGACCUUCUCUCCAGCUCUCCCUCAUCGCACAGCCCGCUUCAGCGCACCAGCAUGGUUUCAGUUCGGACUCUCUUCUUCCUGGUGCUGGCAGCCAUGCUGGUGACGAGUGAGGCGGCCCCUCAGUUCGGCGGGUUCCGCGGCGGACGGCGCGGCUUCCGCGGCGGACGGCGCGGCUUCGGCGGACCCAUCAUCAACACCAUCGGCAACUUCCUCGGCGGCGGCGGCAGGUCCAACAGUCGGGCCAACGCCAACGUCAUCCGCGGCCAGCAGGGCAACAACGGCAUCACCCAGGUGAACGCCAACGUCGUCACCCAGAACCGCAACAGCCCGGGCGGUGUGUCGCUGUCCGGAGGCCUGGCGCUGGCCAGCAACCUGCAGCUCAACAGCCCCUUCGGCAACAUCAACCUCUCCAACGCGCAAGCGCAGACCGUCAACCGGGGCUUCAACAUCUUCGGGCGGCGGCGCUAGAAGGUGGCGAGCGUCGUGUUUGUCUGUUAUGUGCGCUGUGAUUGGGGAGUGAUGGUGUGAUGCUGCGGGAAUUUAUGUGAUAUCGAGGCAUUAUUGAGAAGUCAAAUGGCGCGGUGAAAGAUAGAAGUGGCCGUCUGCUGCUGCUUUUUUCGAGUAAGUGCGCCUUGGACACUCUCACUGUCCUCUAUAUUUCAUAGUGCCAGAACUGAGAAGUAUAUAACGGAGAUUUGAUGCGAUGAGGGAUGUGAUGCUUGUCGCUUAUUUAAUCAUCGGGUGCCCAGAUGCACUUACGGUGACUAUCUCGCUUACAUUAUACUGUGCUAUGUGCUUACUGCUCAUUGAGUUGUCAAGAUGGUGUGAUAUUUUCAUAAUACACAUAUCAUUUCAGAAA